GACUUUCCUUUCGGAGGCCAAAUGUGAUCACCUUAUUGGAGAAAGGGAAAGCACCUUGGAUGGUGGAGCCAGUGAGGAAACGCCGGGGCGUGGACACUGCGACCGUCUCACACGAGCGUCUACCCAGAGCGGACCGGUCCCAGUCAUCGUCCCCGCCCCACAGCGCACCCGAGGCGUAGACCGUCCAGGCAGACCCCCAGACUCCAAGCGCUCCCUCGAGCACUACCAGCCACCGCACGCGAGCACGCCGGGCCCCGCCCACCCCGAAAGAUCGUGAGACCCGGCCCUUGAGGCUGGGCUGUGCCUUUGCGCCUAGAGACUACGUUUCCCAGAAGAGACUGCGGCGACGGUCCGCUCGCGAGGCCGCCUCGGCGGUGCUUUGUGCGCCUGCGCCAUCUUCCGGCUCCAGGCGGUGGGUCCGCCGAUACCGAAGAGGAAACGUACCCGGGGCUGCGGAGAGCGCGGCCACGGUGGCACCUGAACCGGAGGAGGCGGCAGGUGAGGGGCUUUGGAGCUUGCCAGGCGCACCGGGGUCCCUGCGGGAGCGGGCGCCACGGCCGGGCGGAUCUCCGGCCUGGGAAGAACCGGAACGUCUCGCCCCAGCGCUGGUCUGCGGCUUUCCGGGCGCCGGACUACAUUUCCUAUCGGCCUCCGCGGCGCGCGCUCCGUGAGCGCCCCCUUCCCGCGUCCAGGCUCAUAGCCCGGUCUAUGGACCCCUUAGCGCUGCCAUCUCAGGACUCUGCCCUUCCCCAAGAGAAGAACCAGGAGGAGGACCCAUCAACCCAUGAAAUUCUAAAAGUCAUGUCCCUUGAGUCAGACUUGUUCAGGGAUGUGGCCAUAGUCUUCUCCCAAGAGGAAUGGGAACAGCUGACACCCGCUCAGAGGGAUUUGUACAGAGACGUGAUGUUGGAAACCUAUAGCAACCUGGUCUCACUGGGUCUUGCCAUCUCCAAACCUGAUGUGAUCUCCUUCCUGGAGCAAGGCAUGGAGCCCUGGAUGGUAGAGAAAGCGGCGAGAGGAGGCCUGUGCCCAGUAUUGGAGUCCAGGUGUGAUACCAACGUACCGUCUCCAGAGCAGCACAUUUAUGAAAUACAGUUGCCACAGUGGGAGAUAAUGGAAAGACUUACUAGUUACGGUCUUGAGUGCUCAAGGUUCCAAGAUGAUUGGGAAUGCAGAAGCCAGUUUGACAGACAACAGGGAAAUCCAGAGGGACAUUUGAGUCAAAUGAUCAUCAAUCAUGAAGAAAUACCCACUUUAAACCAACAAGCAUCAUUUCCUUUUUAUCAGAAAAUUCAUCCUGGAGAAAAACCCUAUGAAAAUAACGAAUGUAGAAAAGACUUCUGGCAGGAGGACUUCCUUAUUAAUCAUCGAGGAAUUCAUGCCAAUGAGAAACCCUAUAAAUGUAAGGAAUGUGGCAAGGCCUUUAAAUAUGGCUCACGACUAAUUCAACAUGAGAAUAUUCAUUCUGGCAAGAAACCCUAUGAAUGUAAUGAAUGUGGAAAGGCCUUCAAUUCUGGUUCAAAUUUCAUACAACAUCAGAGAGUUCAUACUGGUGAGAAACCUUAUGAAUGUAAGGAUUGUGCAAAGGCCUUUAGUCGAAGCUCACAGCUGAUUGAACAUCAACGAAUUCAUACUGGUGAGAAACCCUAUCAAUGUAAGGAAUGUGGCAAGGCCUUCAAUAGGAUCUCACAUCUUAAAGUACAUUAUAGAAUUCAUACUGGUGAAAAACCCUAUGCAUGCAAGGAAUGUGGGAAGACCUUUAGUCAUCGGUCCCAGCUGAUUCAACAUCAGACUAUUCACACAGGCAAGAAACUCUAUGAAUGUAAGGAAUGUGGGAAGGCCUUUAAUCAAGGCUCAACUCUUAUUAGACAUCAGAGAAUCCAUACUGGUGAGAAACCCUAUGAAUGCAAGGCAUGUGGGAAGGCCUUUAGGGUGAGCUCACAACUUAAGCAACACCAGAGAAUUCACACUGGAGAGAAACCCUACCAAUGUAGGGUAUGCGGUAGGGCUUUCAAACGGGUCUCACAUCUUACUGUACAUUACAGAAUUCAUACAGGCGAGAAGCCAUAUGAAUGUAAGGAAUGUGGUAAGGCCUUCAGUCAUUGCUCACGACUGAUUCAACAUCAGGUAAUUCAUACUGAGGAAAAGCCCUGUGAAUAUAAGGAAUGUGGGAGGACUUUACAUCAUGAUUCAACUACUGUCCAACAUCAGAGAAUGCAUACUAGAGAAACACAAGUGAAUAUAGUAAAUGUGGAAAAGCCUUCCAUCAGCACUUAUCCUUUACUAAUCAUCAGAGAAUUUAUGUUAGCAAGCAACCGUCUGAAUGGAAGUAAUGGGGAGAGCCCAUUAGCUUAGGCUAGUCACAACUUACCCCUCCUAUUUUGGAGAAAGACUUGAAGAAUGUAAUGCAAAUGGGAAUGCCUUCAUUCAAGCUAUUUAUCCUGAGUCAUAAGAUUCAUAAUGGAAAAUGCUAUGGAUAUAAAUUGUUUAGACCAUGAUUAUCAAAAAGGCAAGAAAAGAAUUUUGUCUCUAACACAUUACAGGAUCCCAUUUUCUAACCACACCGUAACAGUUUUAACAACAGCCAAAAGUUUUAAUUUUCUUGGCAAUCAAAAAGAAAACUCAACCAAAUUACUCUUGGUUUCAACUUUUUUUUUUUUAAGUAGGCACCACGCCCCAUGUAGGCCUCAAACUCACAACCUUGAGGUCAAGAGUCACAUGCUCUACCGACUGAGCCAGCCGGGCACCCCAUUGCUCUUGGGUUAAUAAAGAAAUAAAUCCUGCAAAUUAUCAUGCAUGGUAAUGAAAAAGAAUGACGAGAGAUUUACAUUCCAGGAGUUGUAGGAUGUGGCUAAAGUUACUCAGAAGAAUUUGUAUGGCUUUUAAAUGCAUGCAAAACAUGAAAACCUGAAAGAUGAUUCUCAAAUGUAUUAAAUGUACUAUUCAAGAAGCCAGAAAAGACAAUACCAAACACGGAAGUGAUGAAAGAACAAAUUGAUACAAAAUAAAAAGAAAAUAAUAAAAUUAGAAAGCGGUUAUCUUACAAUAAUCUCAGCUUUUAUUUCUUCCUGACCCAAGAAUAAACAAAAUUGAAGAUAAUGCUGCUCAAUUUCCAUGUUGUUUUAGAUUAUCUUUCAUCACUUCUGUCACAAACAGAAGGGGCUGGUUGCCUACAUAGCGACCAUACCUGAUUCCCCUUCCUACUGGCAGCGUCUGUGUCUUGCCUUAGACUCAAAGAUGAUCAGAUGCUAACUUUGCAGCCUCUUCCGCAGCUCAGGAUGGCUCACAUGUUCCAGGGUAAGGCCAGUAUGUUCCAGGGAUCUGCAGGGGCUUCUGGGAAAGAUUUUCCUCAUUCAGAAGAGAGAGAUCUAUUAGGAAGACUCCCUCUCCUCUCAUCUGCUUUUAAACAUUCUCCUAUGAGAACAUAAUGCCUGGAGCUGUUGUGUCCAUAUUGGAACCAAAAGGAGAACACCAAGGACCUCAGAGAAGCUGACCCAGAGCUACCAAGCCAAUUCUGGAACUGUCUCUGUGAAGCCUCGUUAUGUAAGAAAAAUAAACCUUUAUUGCUGAAAUUACUUUUAGUCGGAUAUUUUGUAAACUUGUAGCCAAAACCAUCCUAAAUUAUGUAACUUCAAAUCUUAUUUUACUAUGAUUGGUAAAUGUCGCCUGAAAAAUACCUUUUUUGAAUUCGACAUUUCUCUUGGUGGCUAAAUACAGGAUUGAUUUUUGUAUAUAUUCUGUAAUGUUGAAAAAGAAUAUAUAUUCUGCUUUUCUUGGGUAUAACAUUCUGUUUAAGCCCGUGGAUUUUAAUGAUAAAAUUCUCCAGGUUCUUAUAUAAUUUGGCACACUGGAUCAGAAUUUACUAAAACGAAUUUUUUAAACCCAAAUCUUGAAUUUUCAGAGAUUUUUACUUUUUAAUUUACAGUGCUUGAUUUUCAAAGACCUACAACUUAACCCCCGUUGAUCAUACCUUUUAUCGUUAUAUAAUAUCCUAUUGUGCCAGGUGUAGGGGUUGACAAACUAAAUCUGGCCUGCUGCCUGUUUUAUAAAUAAAGCUUUAUUGGAACACAGCCAUGCUCAUUUAUUUACACAUUGUCUACUGCUUUUGCACUACAACAGCAGAACUGAGUGUUUGCAACAAAAACUAUAUCCAUAAAGUCUAUAUUGAUUGGCCCUUUAGA